AUGAAACUUCAAACCGGAAUUUCAAGCAAAGAUUUGGCAACAUUGAAAGAAAUUGAAGAGCUCAAAAAAUUCGAAAUGGCUAAAGAAGUGGAGUUGGAAGAUGAGAAGAAAGCCGAGGAGAAGGAAAGAAAAACAAGUAUCACUGAUCGAAUUUUGUCUGAAUCAAGCUGUUUGAGAUGGGACAAUUGUUUUUUGAGACCUGAUAAUUGUUGUGUGGUGAAAGUGGUCAAAAAGAUUGUGAAUUAA